AUCCAACCGCACAAGAAUUGCAUCAUCAUCGUUAGCUGCCACAGAUGGAGAUCUUCCAAGUGACGACGAUGAUCCUGCAGCAUCCGUUACUCACAUACUUCUUCUCUGCACUCCUGCUCACACAGCUGCUGACGGCGCCUAUUGCGGCGGCGGAGACAACGGUGAAAGUGAGCACCACCCCUAUCUUCCCCGAGAUCCCACAAGGCCAGGCGAGAAAGGACUUCCAAGUGCUGGUGCGCGUCGAGGCGCCGGCGCGUCCAGAGGCGCGCAUCCCCAUCGACGUCGUCGCCGUCCUCGAUGUCAGCGGCAGCAUGAACAACCCGGCGGCAGCGCCGACGGAGAGAACGAGAACGACGUCGAGGCUGGACCUGCUGAAGACGGCCGCCAAGUUCAUGGUCGCGAAACUCGAGGACGGAGACCGCCUCUCCAUCGUCGCGUUCAGCGAUCGGCCAGUCAGAGAACUGAGCUCCGGCUUGCUGUACAUGACUGCCGACGGCCGGAGGAACGCCAUUAGGAGCUUGGACCAGCUGGAGGCCCGCGGCGGCACUGCGCUCGUGCCGGCCUUCGAGGAGGCGGUGAAGGUCCUGGACGGGCGGCAGGGAGACGGCGGGGACCGCCUGGGCUUCAUCGUCCUCCUCACGGACGGCGCCGAGGACGCGAGCGGGUCGUUCACGUUGAGCGAGCGCCGCCGCGAGGUGAUCCGAGGCGCCCUCCGCAAGUACCCCGUCCACGCGUUCGGCCUCGGCACGGCGCACGGCCCCGAGGUCCUGCUGUACCUGGCCCAAGAGUCCCGCGGCACCUACUCCUUCGUCGACGGCGACAACGUCGGCGAGGUGGCCGGCGCCCUCGCCGUGUGCCUCGGCGGGCUGACCACCGUGGCCGCCGUGGACACGCGCGUGGUCCUCAGGGCCGACGAGCUGAACGGGGUGCGCGUAGACCGCGUCGACUCCGGCGGCCACGACAGCAGCGUCAGCUGCGGCGGGACCUCAUGCGAGGUCUCCGUGGGCGUCCUGUACGCCGGCGAGGCCAAGCAUUUCGUGGUCCACCUCCACGUGCCAGCUAUUACUGCGACGGCCUCGGCGUCAACGGAGGGCGGUUACUACUGCGACGGCCUCGGCGUGUGUGACCACUACCGCCACCACCGCCACCACCGCCACGGGCAGCACCUGCUCGCCGUCGGCUACUCGUACCGCAGCCAUCCGAGCGCCCGGGCGAUCACGGUAGAAGCGCACGGCGUGUUCGUGCAGCGGUCACCGGCGGUGUUAGACUUAGACGGCGGGCGGCACGCUCCUGUUAUUCCCUCCCCCUCCCCCGUGGUCCUGCAGCACAUCGUCCGGUUCGAGCUGCUGGAAGUGGUGGCAAACAGCCUCGUCCGCGGCGAGCUGAUCAGCAACGACGACAGAGCGCGUGCCGCGGACGUGCUGCAGGUCAAGUGGGAGGAGUUCAGGGCGUGCCACCAGUUCUGGGGCGGCGGGCUCCUCGACCUGAUGAGCGGCCUGGAGAAGGAGGUGGACGGCAUGGUGGGCAGCCUCAGGGCGGGGGUGGCGGCGUACGUCUACGCCUGGGUAUCGAGCCACCAGAUGCAGCGGGCCACCAGCAUCGGCUCGCCGGACAAGGCGGCCGUCGAGUUCCUGACGCCGGCGAUGCGGCUCCUGUUGGAGGAGGCGCGAAAGCUGCCGCGCUGGCAGCAGGCUGCAACGACGACGGCGGCGCCCACGAACGUCCAGUACGCGGGCUGCGUCGGCGGCGGCGGCUUCGAGAUGGUGGACCGGAGGCUGGAGCUGUGGUCCAAGAUGAAGCGCGACGUGCAGCUCCUCGUGUCGGUCCAGGAGCAGGCGGCGGCGGACGAAGAGGAGCAGCACCUCGCCGCCGUCUUCCAGGAGGCGUCGCUGGCGGCCAUCGACCGCGCGAUGCACCGCGACAUUUACCUGGCCGCGGUUUAUGCGAGCAAGCAGACGCGAUGCCACUCGGUCGGGUGCCAACAAGUGAAGGACUGAGAACUCGAUCGACACCAGUAGAUUAAGUGGGCAUGACGUCAAUAACUAAUUGAUUACCUACCUAGCCGCUUGUACUAGUCAUGCUCUACUUUAUAUUACUUUAAAAGAUACAUUUCGUUGUGUAAUCAUCUUAUGGUUCAUCAUCGUCAUGUGCUCCACUAUAUACUGUCUCAGAUCUAUAUUCAUCA